CGGAGCCUGCGCCCCGGCUCAUCCCCGGUCCCGCCCGGACUGCGUGGCGCCGCGGAGCCUUCCGAGGGCACGUCGGCUGAUUCGACAUAACUAAGGGAAAAUCAAUGAACUUGAUGACAGGGCAGUAGAAAUGACCCAAGCUGAAACAGACCCAAACAGAGAGGAAAGAGUAGAAAAAAAAAAACCCAGAGCAAAGGGUCCAAGAACCGCGGGACAGCAUCAAAGUUUAACGUAUUUGCGGUUGGAAUCGCAGCGGGAGACAAGAAAGAAUGGGGCAGAAGAAAUAGUUGAAGCGAUGGCGUGUGAGGCGGAGCGCUGCCCCUUGGGUGUGUUUGAGUGCCAGCUCUGUGCCUUAGCGGCUCCAUAUAGCUACGUGGGGCAGCAGCCCCCCGGCACCCAGUCUGUCGUCCUCCUGGAGGAGAGCUACGUCAUGAGGGACCCCUUCACCCCCGACAAGGACAGAUUCCUGAUCCUCGGCUCGAGAUGCAGCGUAUGCGGCCGGCUGGUGUGCGUGGGCCCGGAAUGCAGUUUAUUCUACUCCAAGAGAUUUUGCCUCCCCUGUGUCUGGGAGAACAUUGAUGCUUUCCCUCAGGAGAUUCAGCAAGACUUGGAGAAGAGGAGAGUCCCAUCCAAGAGGCCUGCCAGCCAGCCUGGUUCUCGAACAUGAGUCCAGCCGGGUACCAGGUCCGCAGCAGCGCGCAGCACGGGGCUCCUGGCCAGCAGGCCUCUGUGGCCUGGCUCCGAGGUGGGGCCGAGCUGGGAGCCGCCGUGACCGGCCUUGUUUCAGGGCCAUCGGGGGCCGUGUCUGCAGCCAGGGGGAACUGGGGUCCGCCGGCAGCAGCAACAGGGCCAGGAGCCACGCAGAGAGGGUGCCCAAAAGGCAGGCCCCAGACCCCGGCGCCCCGAAGACCGCAGCACCCCCGCCCUCACGGCCCCCGCCGUAGCCGUUGGCGAGACACUGACUGUGGGCUCGCCGUGUGCCUGCCUGUUCUCAGGGGGCGGGGACUGCUCCGUCCGAUUCUGUAGUUGCCGCGGGACCGGUGCACGCUGCCUGGAGGGUGUUAGAAACAUGUUUGAUGAGAGUAUGAAUAAAGA